CAUAAGGAUCCUCUCAGUAGUGUCUAAUUAUACAUCGGUCGGCUACUCUCUCUCCCGUUAUUUACUAUUUCAAAGCGCAGUUGUCUUUUAUUAUUCGUUCGAUUAUAUUCGACAAUAUCAAAACAGAACCCUCUUGACCAGAUGUUGCCGCGAAUAAUUUGACAAGUCACCACUACACGGCAGGGAGAAGAAUAAAGACCAUGUUGGAGAGCUUUGCGCAUUUCUCCAUCUCGGGUGCCGGGUCCAGAACGUUGUGAUACGGAUUUCUUUGUGACCAUGACGUUCAUUUGAAUUGCUCAACGGUUUUGUUUUUAACGAAGUUUAAUUGACAAUGAAGUACGGAAUGGUUGUUAUCACGGCUGGCUUUUCAGGUUUACUCAGCUUCAGCUUUCUUGCAGUGGCAAUUGGCAGCGACUAUUGGUACAUCAUCGAUGUGAACAAGGCGAACCAGUCGGACUUGGAGGACCUGAGUUCGCAUUCCGGUCUCUGGAGGAUCCGUGAAGGGAGAAAUGGCACCACUUGGCCAAUCCAGUCCUUCUUUGUGGAUACCUCCAACAAAACUGACAUAGAGAAGCACCUUAUCAACUCCCACAAGGUCAUAGUCACCCUGCUGCCUCUCAGUCUGUUGCUGGUGGUGUUGGGAGGGAUCUGUGGUCUGGUCAGCUCUCUGGCCAGGAAUCCCAGCCUGCUGGCCGGCUCCGCAUCCUACUUCCUCUUUUGCAGUAAGUGA